ACAGGCAAACACACACAAAUGACACAGCAUAUUCUAACGUUAAAAAACAACGUAUUUUCAUUCUUACAAUUAAUUGACAUCUACUAAACGAAAUUGCAAUAUUAUUAUGGAGGAAGAAGAACAUAUUGAAACUACGAGAAGUCGUUGGUUCUCAGGUUGGUUCCGCUGGUGUCCAACUUCAGACGAGUUACUUCGAUCUGCUGAAUCAAGAAUAUUAAAAAAAUUGAAUGUACCCUAUCGAGGACGAUUUGUCACUGAUAGCAAUCAAAAUAAGAUACGGACUGUAACAUUUAAUCCUGAUGGACAAAAAACACCAAUCUUAAUGGUACACGGAUUUGGUGCAGGAUUAGGAUUAUGGACAUUAAAUAUCAAAGAACUUUCAAAAGAUCGGGCCGUGUAUACUUUUGAUACAUUAGGAUUUGGCCGUAGUGACAGGCCAAAAAUUGAUAGUGAUCCCAGUGUUGUGGAAGAGACAUUCGUAGAUUCUAUAGAAGCUACAAGAAAAGAGUUAGGAUUAAAUAAGUUUGUCUUGUUAGGUCAUAGCUUUGGUGGUUACCUUGCUUGUGCUUACUCUAUAAAAUAUCCAGAUCAUGUCAUGUCUUUGAUCUUGGCUGAUCCCUGGGGAUUUCCUGAGAAGCCACAAGACUGGAAUAAAUCAAGAACAUUGCCACUUUGGAUCAGGAUGGCUGUGACAAUCAUGCAAACAUUUAAUCCUUUUUCUUGUUUAAGACUUGCUGGACCACUAGGUCCACGUCUUGUGCACAGAUUUCGUCCAGAUUUAGAAGAAAAGUUUUCAGAACAAUUUGAUGAUGAUACAAUAUUAAAUUAUGUAUACCAUUGUAAUGCUCAACACCCAAGUGGAGAGAUGGCAAUGAAGAAGCUAUCUUUACCAUAUGGAUGGGCAAAGUUUCCUAUGGUUAAUCGAAUGGGUGAUCUACAUAAGCGUAUGAGGAUUACAAUGUUGUUUGGUGAACAGUCAUGGAUAUUAGAUCAAUAUUUGAAGACAUGGGACUACAGAACCUUGAGCAAUACUCCAUUCAUGUCCUUAAAGAUGCGGGCCAUCAUGUGUAUGCUGAUGCAGCUCCUGAAUUUAAUUUAAAAGUUUUAGAAGUAGCUGAAACUUGUGAUAAAGAAACAUUUUAGUCACCUAAACAGACAACACUUUAUCUUUUAUGUCCAGCUAGCUAAGCAGCCGAACCUCUUGUACAUAUGCACAGAUAUUAGGCAGAAUUUUGUAAAAUUUGAAAUAUGUAUACUUAUUAAUUGAAGGAAAUCUUAUGGCUUUAACUAUAAAGUAAUGAAAAAGGUCAAAUUAGUGCAGUAAAAAGGUCACGAAAUACUGCAUUUCUUUAAUGAAUCGAA